GGGGCUUUGGGCGGGCCUUCCUAGAGCGCGAGGCUUGCUAGAAAGCUAUGGAGCUAGUCUGGACUGUCACUAUCAGUUAGGCUUCCUAGGAUUUGCGAAAGUGAGGAUUCUGCAAGCCCAAAGAGAACUUGCUUCCCUCGGGCUUAAGAAACCUGAAAUCAGCACCUGCUGAGACUGGAGAAACCAGGGAGCGUUAGAAGCUGCCGCUGCAGGAAAAUGACUUGGAAUGGGCUGCAGCCAGCCCAGGGUUUUAGCGAGGACUGUGAUGCAGACUUCCUAGAUGCCGGGGUUUCUAUCAAGGAACAGGUCCGCGGGUAGCCGGAGCCCUUUUCACAGCACCGGACACUCCAGCGCGGGACGCGUGAGCACCCGGGCAAACACAGAAAAGUCUUUUGACGAACUCCUCCAGUUACUCUAGCUACUUCUUCCUACCCUCACCCACCGCCGGGACAGCACGACUGCCACCCUCUGCCACCCUUCCUUUGAGUCUGGGUGGAGGGUAAGGACGGGAGCUGACCAGCACCGCCCCUCCCGACCAGGAGGUGGAGAUCCCACGGGUCCUGCGAUUCAACACCCACUUCCCCCUCCUUCUGCCCCUAUAUCACCAGCACCCCCUCCUCCUUCCUUUUUCCCUCCUCCCUGGAGACAGGGGAGGAGAAAAGGGGAGCUCAGGUCGUCAUGACUGAGCUGCAGGCAAAGGAUCCGCGGGCACCCCACGCGUCGGGAGCCGCGCCCUCCCCCACCCACGUCGGGUCCCCCUUGCUUGGACGCUUGGACCCCUGUCCCUUCCAGAGAAGCCAGCCGUCGGACACAUCGUCUGUAGGCUCGCCUAUAUCCAUCUCCCUGGAAGACAGGCUGCUCUUCCCUCGGUCCUGCCAGGGUCCAGAGCUUCCGGGAGAAAAGGCACAGAACCAGCAGUCGCUGUCGGACGUGGAGGGAGCUUUCUCUGGAGCUGAAGCCAGUCGUGGGGCAGGAGGCAGCAAUCCCAGAGCCCCGGAGAAGGACAGCAGACUCUUAGACAGUGUCUUAGACACGCUGCUGGCGCCCUCGGGGACCGAGCAGACCCACGGCAACCCUCCAGCCUGCGAGGCCAUCACAUCUUGGUGUCUUUUCGGAUCAGAGCUUCCAGAAGACCCCCGCAGUGUCCCUGCUACCAAGUUGUUGUCCCCGCUCAUGAGUCGGGUAGAGAGCAAGGCUGGCGACAGCUCCGGGACAGGAGCAGGGCAGAAGGUGCUGCCCAAGGGGCUGUCACCACCCCGGCAGCUGCUGCUCCCGACCUCAGGGAGUGCCCAUUGGCCCGGGGCAGGGGUGAAGCCGUCUCCACAACCAUCUGUGGUGGAGGUGGAGCAGAACGGUGGCCUAGAGACUGAGGGCUCCGCGGGUCCGCUUCUGAAGAGCAAACCUCGAACACUGGAAGGCACCAGCAGCGGAGGAGGAGGAGUUGCAGCCAGCGCGCCCGCGGCGGCCCCAGGAGGCGUCACCCUGGUUCCCAAGGAAGACUCCCGAUUUUCUGCUCCCAGGGUCUCCUUGGAGCAAGACGCUCCGGUGGCGCCCGGGCGCUCCCCAUUGCCCACCACAGUGGUGGAUUUCAUCCACGUGCCCAUCCUGCCUCUCAACCACGCGCUCCUGGCCGCCCGCACCCGGCAGCUGCUGGAGGGGGACAGCUACGACGGCGGGGCCUCAGUCCAGGGCUCGUUUGCCCCGCCUCGAGGCUCGCCAUCCCCGCCGGUGCCCUGCGGCGACUUCCCAGACUGCACCUACCCGCAGGACGGCGACCCCAAAGAGGACGCGUUCCCUCUCUACGGCGAUUUCCAGCCGCCAGGCUUGAAGAUCAAGGAGGAGGAGGAAGGCGCCGAGGCAGCUGCGCGCUCGCCGCGCCCUUACCUGGUGGCGGGAGCCAGCGCCGCCACCUUUCCAGAUUUCCCGCUGGCGCCGGCGCCGCCGCGAGCUCCCUCCUCCAGGCCCGGCGAGGCGGCGGUGGCCGGCGGCCCGGGCAGCUCCGCAGUGUCGCCCGCGUCCUCUUCGGGGUCCGCGCUGGAGUGCAUCCUGUACAAAGCGGAGGGCGCGCCGCCCACGCAAGGCCCGUUCCCGCCGCUGUCCUGCAAGCCCUCGGCCUCCGGUUCUUGCCUGCUCCCGAGGGACGGCCUGCCCGCCGCCCCUGCCGCCUCGGCAGCCCCCGCCAUCUACCCGCCGCUCGGCCUCAACGGGCUCCCGCAGCUGGGCUACCAGGCCGCAGUGCUCAAGGACGGCCUGCCCCAGGUCUACCAGCCCUAUCUCAACUACCUGAGGCCAGAUUCAGAAGCCAGCCAGAGCCCACAGUAUGGCUUUGAUUCCUUACCUCAGAAGAUCUGUUUAAUCUGUGGGGAUGAAGCAUCUGGCUGUCACUAUGGAGUGCUCACCUGUGGCAGCUGCAAGGUCUUCUUCAAGAGGCGAUGGAAGGUAGGAAGCUUCUUCCUCAUUCCUCCUCCAGGUCAUUGUCAUGAGAGUGCCCAAUACUCUAUACAUGUUAACUAUUCCUUAUUUCUAAGAAAUGGUGAUAUUUCUCUACACCUUAAAAUUCGAUGCCAUUUUAACACUAUGUGUUGCCUACAAUACCCAAGAGUGAAUGUGUUUGACUAUUAUGACUUCAUACUCUAUGACUCAUACUUCCAACAGGACAUCCCAGUCCUGACAUUGAGGACUGUGCUGACAUUCAGCGAUUCCCUUCUUCUCAAUACACCGUUUUACUCUAAUGACAUGUUCAUAUGUAUCUACUGCAUAGACAAAACACCAGGUUUUUUACCAAAAGAAAAAUUAUAUCCUGUGUUUACGCAAAGUUCUCUCCCUUUUGUCCUCUCUGUAGGUCGGAAGUUUAAGAAGUUCAAUAAAGUCCGAGUUAUGAGAGCCCUUGAUGGCGUUGCUCUCCCUCAGUCAGUGGGCCUUCCUAAUGAGAGCCAGACCCUAGGCCAGAGAAUCACCUUUUCACCAAAUCAAGAAAUCCAGCUGGUUCCCCCACUCAUCAACCUGCUCCUGAGCAUUGAGCCUGAUGUGAUCUACGCAGGGCAUGACAACACAAAACCCGACACUUCCAGCUCUUUGCUAACCAGUCUCAACCAACUAGGCGAGAGGCAGCUGCUCUCAGUAGUCAAAUGGUCUAAGUCACUGCCAGGUUUCCGGAACUUGCACAUUGAUGACCAGAUAACCCUGAUUCAGUACUCCUGGAUGAGUCUGAUGGUGUUUGGCUUGGGCUGGAGGUCCUACAAGCAUGUUAGCGGGCAGAUGCUAUAUUUUGCACCUGAUCUAAUCCUAAAUGAACAGAGGAUGAAGGAGUCAUCCUUCUACUCACUGUGCCUUACCAUGUGGCAAAUCCCACAGGAGUUCGUCAAGCUUCAAGUGACCCAUGAGGAAUUCCUCUGUAUGAAAGUCUUGCUACUUCUUAAUACAAUUCCUCUGGAAGGACUGAGGAGCCAAAGCCAGUUUGAAGAGAUGAGGUCAAGCUAUAUCCGGGAAUUGAUCAAGGCAAUAGGCUUAAGGCAGAAAGGGGUUGUCCCCAGUUCACAGCGCUUCUAUCAACUUACGAAGCUUCUUGACAGUUUGCAUGAUCUUGUGAAACAGCUCCACCUAUACUGCUUGAACACAUUCAUCCAGUCUCGGACACUAGCUGUGGAAUUUCCAGAAAUGAUGUCUGAAGUUAUUGCUGCACAGUUGCCCAAGAUCUUGGCGGGCAUGGUGAAGCCUCUUCUCUUUCAUAAAAAGUGAUGUCUUUGCUUUGUUUUCUUUACAAAAAUUGAGUUUUGUGGUAUGUAUUUUUUGUCUUGGUUAGGAUGGUCAGGUCUUGAGUCUUUAUAAUGUUCUUCUGAAAGCCUUACAUGUAUACAUAUCACACUGUGUAAAUUAUGAGAAAACUUGGGAGAUUCUGAUUUUCCUUUGUAAUGUCUAAGUGGAGUUUCUAAAGUGUUUUAUGUACCCGUAUUUUCUUUGAGAGUUUACAUAGUUUAAAAAGGACUAAAUUGAUUGUAUAAGUAAACUAUAUCUCAUCUAUAUUAUUUCAUACUUUUCGGAUGAGAAUUUUUUUAACCUUUGCAUCUAACAUCUAACAAAUCUCCCCUAUAGGAGGAAAACAUCCCUACUUUUAACAAUAAACCAUACAUCCUACUUUUAGAUAGUUGUUUUGGUUUUCCAAAACUGGACCUUUAAAAUGACAGCCAAAAAUGUAACUAUUUUGUGAGAAGAUUCAUAACCUAAAGCAGAUUUUCAAAGAGUUUUUAAUGAAGAAAGAAAAAAAGGAAGAAAAGAAAAGAAAGAAAGAAAAAGAAAGAAAGAAAGGAAGGAAGGAAGGAA